AUGCUUCGUGAGGAAUAUAUGGAACGCAUCGGUCAGUAUUUCCCAACAACAACGAAAAAUUUUGUUAAUGGUUACUAUCCAGAAAAUUUACCUUCAUCUCGGAGGAAAAACGAGCAGAAUGAUGGCACUAUUCAGACAUCAUUUAACCCACCAGAACCACCAGAUGACCACUGGGGACUAAAGGAAGAUUUACCCGUAUAUGAAAAGGUAGAAAUACUUGAUGAAAAUGGAAAAUCAGUUGAAAAUUUUACACGUUUCCGGAUCUCUAAGGAGAAAUUUUUGAAAGACAGUGAACGUUUAACUUCAAUGAUGGCUAAUGGUCCACUAAAGAGCUUUUGUUUUCGACGAUUGAGCUUCCUGCAACAUAAAUUCCAGUUGCAUACUUUGCUGAAUGAACUUCGGGAAUUGUAUGAACAGAAAUCUGUACCUCACAGAGAUUUUUACAAUAUCAGAAAGGUUGAUACCCAUAUUCAUGCAGCCAGUUCAAUGAAUCAGAAGCAUCUCUUACGUUUUAUUAAGAAAAAAAUCAAGACAGAGAAAAAUACCGUUGUUUUGGUCAAGGAUUCAAAAGCUGUCACUCUCGAACAGGUUUUUAAAGGUCUCGGUAUUGAUGCUUAUGACCUUUCUGUUGAUAUGCUUGAUGUGCAUGCAGACCGAAAUACGUUUCAUCGCUUUGAUAAAUUCAAUACAAAGUAUAAUCCAGUUGGUGAAAGUAUUUUGCGUGAAAUUUUCAUAAAAACAGAUAAUUAUGUGAAGGGAAAGUAUUUUGCAGAAGUUUUAAAGGAAGUAGUUUCUGACCUUGAAGACAGUAAAUAUCAGCAUGCCGAGCCACGUUUAUCAAUUUAUGGUCAUAAGAAAGGUGAAUGGGAUGAUUUAGCGAUUUGGGCUAUAUCUCAUGAUAUUUAUUCACCAAAUGUGCGAUGGCUAAUUCAGGUUCCACGUCUUUAUGAUGUAUAUCGCUCGAAAAAAUUGAUUCAAAAUUUUGAUGAAAUCCUGGACAAUAUUUUCACUCCAUUGUUUGAAGCAACAAAUAAUCCCAGCUCUCAUCCUGAACUUUUUCGAUUCCUGAAACAAGUUUCUGGUAUUGAUUCUGUUGAUGAUGAGAGUAAACAUGAAUACGUACAGUUUGAUCGGACAACGCCAGAUCCUGCACAAUAUGUUGAUCCAGAAAAUCCGUCAUAUAGUUAUUAUCUCUUUUAUAUGUAUGCGAAUUUGGCAAUUCUCAAUGAGUUUAGGCGGCAACGUGGGCUUAACACAUUCUCUCUUCGACCACACUGUGGUGAAGCCGGCCAUGCAAAUCAUCUUGUUACGAGUUAUUUGACUUCAGAAAGUAUUGCACAUGGUUUAGUACUACGAAAAGUGCCGGUGAUGCAGUAUUUGUUUUAUCUUGCACAAAUUGGUAUUGCCAUGUCACCACUUAGCAACAAUUCUUUGUUUAUAAGUUAUCAUCGAAAUCCUUUACCAGAUUUCCAUAUGAAAGGACUUAACGUAUCGUUGUCGACCGAUGAUCCAUUGCAAUUCCACUUUACUAAAGAAGCUUUAAUGGAAGAGUAUAGCAUCGCUGCUCAGGUCUGGAAAUUGAGCAGUUGUGAUAUGUGUGAAUUGGCUAGAAAUAGUAUUCUGCAAAGUGGUUUCGAUGACCAGGUGAAGAUUCACUGGCUAGGACCAAAUUAUAAAACAGAUGGAGCAUUGGGAAAUGAUAUAUCACGGACAAAUGUUCCAGACAUCCGGGUUUCCUUCCGUCACGAAACCCUUGUUCACGAGCUGUUUAAUCUUUUUCGAACAAGGAAUUUUCACUAA